AUACGGCAAACAGCACUCUUAAUGUUUUAUGUUAUAUUAGACUUUUCAAACAUCCUAUAAAAUGUGUAAAUGGGAGAUCCCUGAAAAUAUUAAUUUCUUAUGUUUUAUGGAAGUAAUGACAGGAUAUCCUUACAGUAAUUGGAUAAAAAAAAUAGAUAUCACAGAAUAAUUUGUUAUUCUACUGUGUUAGAAUAUUUGUUAUUUUAUUUCUUAAAAAACAAAACAAACCAAUUUUCCUUGGCCCCUUGGCUAAAAGCUUCAAGGAGGACAUUCUGAGAGUUUCCUGAGUGAGUUUUAAUAUGGUGGUGCUCUGUUUAAAAAGUUGGACUACCUCUCUAAUGAGUAAGGGUAAAGGUAUGCAGCAUUGUAACCAGGGGCGUCAGAAGCAGUUUGAAUGUGAGGGGGACACACUGGCAAGGGGUCUGAGAACCCUCCCCCGGAAAUUUUUUAAUGAAUUAGAUGCCAUUUCCUGUAUUUUGAUGUAUUUGUAAGAGGUUGUUAAGCACCUAAUGUUACCUACAAAAGUCACUUAAUUCAACAACUAUUUUAGAGACUCAGCAAGUCCUCAUUCAACUAGUCCAUUUUCACCAGCUUGUUUUUAACUGCUAUCCACUGCUAUGCCUAAGAUAAUGAAAUGAAUGUGACACAAUUUACCACCAACAAUGAGUUUAUGGGUGCAUUUUACUUUUAAUUUUAUGUAUUCUUUUUUAUUUAGUUUUAUAUGUAACACAACAUGCCACUGUGCAGAGCAAUAGUGACCCUCAACUGUAUGUUUAAAAAUAAGAAUAAUCAUCGUUUCAUACAAUGAACAGGCAUGACAUGGCCUGCACUGACGAUUCACUUCACUUGCGUGACCCGGAGUGAUCCUUCAGUGGUAUGUGUAUUCUCAUAUCGAUCAAGUGGAAUGAAUUCUUUUGCAAAGCAACAUAAAACAAUGCUGGCUGAAUUAAUAUUUUAUAAUAAAUGUGGGGGGUCCAAACGAAUAAUUAUGAAAUGUGAGGGGGACAUAUCCCUUUUAGAUAUAAUGUCGGUGACGCCCAUGAUUGUAACACUAAUUCUGGUAGAGAGGAAUCCUGUCAAAACUGUCCUCCUCACAUAUGAUACUGAACAGAGAUUUUAUUAGGAAUACAAGCUGUGCUUUGUCUUUUUUAGUUUAUUUUUCAUAGUGAAUAAUUGAAAUCUAUAAUAAAAUAUUGGCAAAAUAAUUAGAUGUUGUUAUGAUGAUGCUAUGGACAGGCAAGGAUCAGGCAGGCAGGCAGGCAGGCAGAAUACAGGGCAAAACUAGGGGUUUAUUCAAAGGACUCAAGGGGCAGGAAACAUCAGAUGACAACUAACAUCAAUGACAGACAAGGAAUUAAGGUAAGACAUGGACUGAAAUAUACCAGAUAACAGGGUACAGCUGGGUACAAUCAGGGAAGCAAAUGUGGAUAAUCAGGGGGGCGUGGCACACACGAGGAUCGUACGAGCUGGGCAUGACAUAACCCCCCCCCCCAAAGGCGUGCUCUCCGGGCGCACCUCAGGGGAGGCAACGGACGUGACGAGACUGGGGAACCAGGACCUGGAACACAAGAAAAAACCAUUAACGAGGCACAGGGAACAGGACGGACAGACAAAACUGACACAGGGGCAUAAGCCAUGACAGGACCUGACAAAGGACAGGGAAGGCGGACAGACAGAUCAGGAAUGGGGACAGAGAGGGAACAAGUGGAACAAAAGGGCCAGGAGUGAACAGAGGGAAUACAGGAGGACGAGGAACAGAGACAGGAGGGACAAAGCGAGGGGGAGUGAAGACAGGAGGGACAAAGAUGGGAGGCCAGGGAGAGAAGGAGGGGGAAUAAAGGGGAGUACGAGGGAGCCCCAGCGGUCAACGGGAAGCAGCCGGAGGAGCCGCAGGUGGCCGGGAGGCCGGAGCAGGAGGGGACCUCUGAACGGCUGAGGAGACAGGGCGAGGGACAGACGGAGGGGAUAAGGAGGGAACUGGAGGGAGCACCAGGGAAGGGGACGAGGGAGCUGAAGGGGACCCUGGCGAGGGCAAGGAGAGGGGGGCAGCCGCAGCAGGCGGCGACGUCCUCUGAUGCGCAGGAGUGGGAGGACCCGCAGGUGACGGAGGAGCCGCCUCAGGGGAGCCUGCAGGCGACCGACGAGGAGUCGGCGGCAGGACCGAGGCAGGGCGACAAGGCUUCCGCGGGGGACCCACAGGCGACCGCCGACCUGGCGGCCCAGGACCCGCAAGCGCUCUCCGAGCCCCAGCGCAGGCAAGCGAGGGCAAGCCAGGGGGCAGGGCGGGAGGGACCCUAAUCCCGCACCUGUGUCCUCUCCCCUUCCGGGACACGGACAUGUGGGGUCGAACUCGCCGGGGCGAGGGCGGAGGAGUCAUUAGGAGGGUCCCCGAGGGGUCCCAUUCCAGCUCCUCUACCUCCAAGGAGGGAGGAGCGGUGGCUGAGCUGUCCGGGACCUCCUCGGGGACUAGGGCAAGAGGGACAGGAGUGGGACAAGGAACAGAAGUCAUUAGGGUUAAAGUCAUAAGAGGCGGAGGGAGCGCCUCAGGCGUGGGCGCAGGAGCUGCAGGCAGAGGGAGUGCCUCGGGCGUAGGCGCGGGAGCUGCAGGCAGAGGGAGUGCCUCGGGCGUGGGCGCGGGAGCUGCAGGCAGACGGAGCACCUGCGCGGGAGCAGGAGGCAGAGGCGGCUGCUUGGGCGCUGGAGCAGGAGGCAGAGGCGGCUGCUCGGGCGCUGGAACAGGAGGCAGAGGCGGCUACUCGGGCUGUGCAGGAGGCAGAGGCAGAGAUGGAGGAAGCGCCUUAGGCGUCGCUGCCGCAGGCGGCGGGACUGGCAAGUCCUGUGCGGGCGAACCGGGCGUGGCCCCUUUAAGAGGCCGGGGCACACGCGGAAUAGCGUCCCGUACUGCGCUGGCCCCCUUGUGGGCCAGUCACUCCAGGCGGUAGGAGUACCGCUCAAGGGGAGGCGGUAGCUCCUCGGCAGCUGGGCGUUUUCCCUGGAUGGGGAAAGCUGCCUGCGCAGGCAGCUUAGCAGCGACGGUGAUGUUCGGAAGAGCCGGGGAGUCCUCAAGCUCACCAGCUGGGAGGGAAGCGGGGACGAGCGUGCAUGCUCCCAGGACGAUUGUCGGGGUGACCGCCGGCUUCUUCCUCUUCUUCCUUCUCGUCGUCGCGACCGCGGGAGGCUGCUCUGUAUCCAAUGGGACGGACGGCUUGGGAACGACCUCCGCACCGUCAUGCGCUGGACCAGCUGGUGGAGGUUGGAGCGCACCUCUAUAAGGGGUUUAUUCGGAUGACUAAGGACUGGAGACAUCAGAUGAUAACUAACAUCAAUGACAGACCAGGAACUAAGACUGCCACUUACAGCUGGCCUACAGAAAGCAGCAUACUUCUUCCAGAAGCAGAAGUUGUCUUUGGAUUUCGUGCGUCAUUUGUGCAAAUCCCAUUUCUUAAAAAGAUUGCCUCUGCUCAGUGGGGUGGGUGUCACUUCGCCUUCAUCAUGAACUUCAGUAUACUUUUUCCAACCAUGCUGCUGAUGCUGGCUGCUAACCUAAGGGAGGCCUACCCCAGUGGUUCUCUCCAAUUGAAUAAAGAUGAGAGCCCUAAGCUGGCUUUCCUAAAGGUCUUAAAGGUCCUGGAUGCUGCUUCAACCACUGGCCUCCCACCCACAGUGCUGUCCAGCCCCAUGCCCUUGCAGCUCAGCCACUCAUUCAUGGGAGCACGUUAUCACAGAAGGACUUGGUGGUACCCAGAUAUGGCUCACAUCAAGGCUAAGAAACAGCAAAAUCUUUCCUCUUACAACUGGAACUCUUUCGGCCUGCGCUAUGGAAAGUCACAGGCAACCAGAAAUGGGUAAAGGGAGAGCAGGAGGCAAAUGUCCCGUCUUCCUCGUCGCCUCUCCAGGCGCGCCUUUGGGGGGGGAGUUCUGUCAUACCCGGCUCGUACGAUCCUCAUGUGUGUCACCCCCCCCUGAUUAUCCACG